AUGAGAGAAAUUGUACAAAUUCAAGCAGGUCAAUGUGGUAAUCAAAUUGGUUCCAAAUUUUGGGAAGUAAUUUCUGAAGAACACGGUAUCCAAAGCGAUGGUUUCCACGCUGGUGGUGAAGACGAACAUUUAAAACGUCUCCAAUUAGAAAGAAUUAAUGUAUACUACAAUGAAGCUAGAGAUGGUAAAUACGUUCCAAGAUCUGUACUUGUCGAUCUUGAACCAGGUACAGUUGAUACCAUCAAAGCCAGUCCAUAUGGUAAAUUAUUCAGACCAGAUAAUUUCAUCCAUGGUCAAUCUGGUGCAGGUAAUAAUUGGGCUAAAGGUCAUUAUACUGAAGGUGUUGAAUUAGUUGAAUCAGUACUUGAUGUUGUACGUAGAGAAACAGAAGGUUGUGAUUGUUUACAAGGUUUCCAAGUCACCCAUUCAAUUGGUGGUGGUACAGGUUCAGGUUUAGGUACUUUAUUGAUUAGUAAGAUUCGUGAAGAAUUCCCAGAUCGUAUGAUGUGUACAUUUUCAGUUGUACCAUCACCAAAGGUAUCAUUAACAGUCGUAGAACCAUACAAUGCUACCCUCUCUGUCCAUCAAUUGGUUGAAAAUGCCGAUGAGGUUAUGUGUAUUGAUAAUGAAGCACUCCACGAUAUUUGCUUCCGUACACUCAAACUCACCCAACCAAACUAUGGUGAUUUAAAUCAUCUCAUCUCAUCAGUUAUGUCUGGUAUCACCUGUUGUCUUCGUUUCCCAGGUCAAUUGAACUCUGAUCUUCGUAAAUUAGCUGUAAAUUUAAUUCCAUUCCCACGUCUUCACUUCUUUUUGGUUGGUUUCGCUCCACUCACUGCCAAAGGUGCCUCGUCAUACAAUCGUAUCACCGUACCAGAACUCACCCAACAAAUGUUUGAUGCCAAGAAUAUGAUGGCUGCUUCCGAUCCACACAAUGGUAAAUACUUGACUGCCUCUGCUCUCUUUAGAGGUAAAAUCUUCACCAAGGAAGUCGAUGAACAAAUGCACAACAUUCAAACCAAAAAUAGCAGUUACUUUGUCGAAUGGAUUCCACACAACAUUAAAUCCUCCAUUUGUGAUAUCCCACCAAAAGGUACCCCAAUGGCCGUCACCUUCAUCGGUAACAACACUGCCAUCCAAGAUCUCUUCAAACGUAUCUCAAUUCACUUCCAAGCUAUGUUCCGUAGAAAGGCUUUCCUUCAUUGGUACACCCUCGAAGGUAUGGAAGAAUUGGAAUUUACUGAAGCUGAAUCAAACAUGAACGAUUUAGUUUACGAAUAUCAACAAUAUUCUAACCAAGAAACUGAAGAAGAUGGUGGUGAAUAUCAAGAAGAACAUGAAGAACAUGAAGAACAAGCUGAAAAUUAA